AUGUCAAAAUACUCCUCCGACCCCGCGUGGGCGUCAGUUACUCCCAUCCCUCUGGAUGAUGGGUCAAACCGCUUCACUGAGGUAGACAGAGAAAACGCCGCUGGUGACGAUGCUGUGACUACCUCCAACGUAGCUAGCGAGACAUUGCCGCUUGCAACAAUCGCCUAUUCCGAGGACUAUGCUGAGGCUACGGCUUAUCUGCGAGCUGUGAUGGCUGCCAACGAGAUGUCAGACCGGGCUCUUGAAUUGACCGAAGACGUGAUCCGAUCAAACCCGGCCCACUAUACCGUCUGGCUGUACAGAGCGCAAAUACUUAAAGCUCUGGGGAAAGAUCUAAAGGCUGAGCUUAACUGGCUCGACCAGCUAUCUACUAAAUACCUAAAGAGCUAUCAGAUAUGGCAUCAUCGACAGGUGAUAAUGUCCAAUGAAUCUGUCUUCCCUACCUUGCCUGAGGGUGAGCUGGAAUUCCUAGCGAAGAUGUUUUCUCUAGAUGCCAAGAACUAUCAUGUUUGGACAUACAGACACUGGCUACUCCGCCAUUUCAAGCUAUGGGACUCUCCUGCCGAGUUGGCGGACAUAGAGAGAAUGAUUGGCGAGGAUGUGAGGAACAAUUCCGCCUGGAACCAUCGGUGGAUCAUGCGGUUUGCGCCGCGGGAGGGAUUUGAUGGCGGAUUGCCUGGGGUAGGGACCACAGCUGGUGUUGGUGGCGCCGGUGCAGGCAGGAUGGUCGUUGUGGACGAGGAAAUGGUUGAUGGGGAGAUUGAGUAUGCGAAGCAGAAGACUGUGUUGGCUCCCGAGAACCGGAGCCCUUGGACAUAUAUGCGAGGUGUGCUUAAGGUUGCAGGUCGAAACUUGGCGGACCUUCAGGGCUUCGCACAGCGAUUCGUCGUUGAAGAGGUGGUUGAAGGGGGCCAAGGUGAGAUCUUGGUCAAGAGCAGCCAUGCGUUGGAGUGGCUGGGCGACGUGUAUGCCGAGCAGGCCAAUGAGGCUGAGGCAAAGUGCAGUGCGGUGCGGAUGUUUACGCUGCUGAAGGAUAAAUACGAUCCAGUCAGGAAGAAUUACUGGGAGUACCGGAUUAAAUCAUUAGACAGAUAG